CUCUAGGGUCACUUUGAGUAAAAAAAAGUAGCAUUGAAGUAGCGGUUUAUACGAGGGUCAUUUUUUAAGUGAGAACCGUUUUGUAAUCCAGUCAGAGAAAUUUUAUUGAUGAAUGUAAGUGUUGAUUUUUUAGUACUGACUGUCCUAAAAAGACAUCAAAAUGACAGCUUGUUAAAGGACGUCUUAUCGUCAUAAAAAUAGCGUUAAUAAAGACGUCACAUUUUAGGCAUUCACAUUGGAAUUCGAUAUCGACGUCCUUGCCUCGGCAUCAUCCGAGUAUUUCAAUACUCGGCAUCAACGAGUAUUUUCAUUCGAAUUCUUACAUCACUACUUGUUCUGUCGCUGUCAAACGUCAAACCACGAAAGUGCCAGAAGAGGGAGAAGGAAGCUUUCCAACGUUCCUUUUUGAAUUGAGUGUAACGCUUUACGCUUUUGCUUGUGGUUAACGUUCAGUUUUACCACCGUCUGAUAAAGGAUUUCAAGGAAAACAAACUCAUACAACAAAGAUGGAAAACAAGCAAGGGGAAGCCAGUAAGAAAGCACGCAUUGAAUUAUCAUCAUUGCCGACCAGGCAAUAUCUGGACCAAACUGUGGUCCCUGCGUUGUUGACGGGCUUAAACAUGAUAGCCAGGGAGAGGCCGGCAGACCCUCUGGCUGCCCUGGGGAAUUAUCUCUUGAAGACCGCAAAUGACAAAGCUGCAUCAACCAGUCAUGCCACUACCACUGACUGAAAUCAAGUCUAACCAUACUGCAACUACAAGGCUGUUUUUUUUAAGUUAAGUUAUUGUAAAAAUAUUAACCCCUAACUGGUGACAUUUAAAUUUCCGACACUGAAGGUAGCACAGAGUCUCUAUAAUGCUUAUCCAGAAAGACAGAGCAUUUGCUCAAUCAACAUUUUGGUCAUUAAGAUAUCUCCAACAGUCACAAAACUCCAAGAAAGAAGACUAAUAUUAACUUUUAGGCUAAAGGUGUACUGCAUAAAAUGGAAGACAAAUUUUUUACACCUUUGUCACUAUUGCAACAAGAGCGGCAGCAUUUUUUGAACAUUGCAAAGAACCACUUGAUAACAGAUAAACACUCUAUGCUGCCAUCUUACUGGACUAAAGUCUAGGAAGGUACUGAAAACCGUAGUUUCCAUUUGAUAUUGUGCAGGUUGUGCGGCGAAUUUGCAUGUCACCAGUCAAGUGUUAAUAGAAAUAAAUGUUUUGUUUGUUAUUAUUAUGUAAGAGAAUAAAAUAAAUACUAGUUUGCUAUAGUGAAA